AUGGCUUUAGUCUUCAGAGUAGUGAUACAACUCAUUGGACUUUCCUUAUCUUCACUGGGAUGGGUUUUAGCCAUUAUUACAACUUACUUGCCUCAUUGGAAAAACCUGAACCUGGACUUGAAUGAAAUGGAAAACUGGACCAUGGGACUAUGGCAGACCUGUGUCAUCCAGGAGGAAGUAGGGGCACAAUGCAAGGACUUUGAUUCUUUCCUGGCUUUGCCUACUGAACUCAGGAUCUCCAGGAUUUUGAUGUUUCUGUCUAACGGGCUGGGCUUUGUGGGUCUGUUGAUAUCUGGUCUGGGGCUGGACUGCCUGCGAGUUGGAGAGAGGCAGCCAGGGCUCAAGAAGAGACUGCUGAUCGUGGGAGGAAUUCUGCUAUGGACCUCGGGUGUCUCAAUCCUGGUUCCAGUGUCCUGGGUGGCCCAUGUGACGGUGCAGGAGUUCUGGGAUGAGACCAUGCCUGAGAUCGUGCCCAGGUGGGAGUUUGGGGAAGCCCUGUUCAUUGGCUGGUUUUCUGGCUUGUGUCUGGUGAUAGGAGGGUGUCUGUUGCACUGUGUGGCGUGCUCCCCCUCGGCUCCCCUCAGCUCGGGCCGCUAUGUGGUGGCAGAAUCGCAAACUCAGUGCCCUUGCCUGGAAAAUGGAAUACAGACCCGGAAGUUUAAGACUUAUCAAGAACAGAGUCGACUGUGA